CCUCCCCCUCCUCCUCCACCUUGACGGUGCGCGGCGUCUCCCUGCAUUGCGGCUCGCCGGCUCCUUGCCUCGGAGGGAGCCCGGCCCGAGGAGCCUUGCCUUCGCCGGGGCACUUCCUCCUGCGGGGGCGGCAGGAGACUCUCCGGCGCCCGAGGGUGGCAUGCAAAUAGCUCUGGGAUGGAGCGACAGGACCCGAAAGGCGAGCAAGGGGCAGCAUUAAGAAACUGCGCCUCCUACUGAGACCACUUUGCCGACUCUUUCGCUGCAAGCAGAAGAUGAACACCAUAAACAUAUUUUAUUCUUCCUGCCAGGAAAAUCUGACCUGGCUAAUGGACCUAUUGAAAAAAUGGAUGCAUCCAAACCAUUACCUGGACUAUUUCUCAGACUAUAUAAUCCUCUUCCUUGGGGUAUUAACCCCAUUUGUACUUUUGUUCUCACCCGUUUUAGUCGUUCUUGGCUGUAUUUACCUUUCAAAUGUUAUCCUGCAUAUUUACAAGAGAAAGAUGAAUUUAAAUGGAGAUUAUCUCAGCAAAAUGUGGGACAAUGGAAGAAGGUCGGUGGCUUCUGUCUGGGACAUUUAUGGCAAAGUGUGGCAUGGUUAUGAGGUGCAUGGGAUGGAUAAACUACCAGAAGGACCAGGACUUGUUGUAUUUUACCACGGAGCCUUUCCUCUAGACUAUUAUUACUUCGUAUGUAGACUCUAUUUACAGACGGGCAGAUUCUGCCGCACAGUGGUUGAUUAUCAUUUUUCCAAAAUAAUAGGUAUAAAGCUGUUUUAUGAUGUACAGGGCCUUACACAUGAUGGAAGAGUGGAAUGUGUUGAAAUUCUUAAAAAAGGAUACUUACUAGGAGUCUUACCAGGCGGAGCCCGUGAAGCGCUCUUUAGCGACGAGAACUAUGGUCUCUUAUGGGGCAGGCGCACAGGUUUUGCUCACGUAGCCAGAGAUGCAAAAGUGCCUGUCAUCCCUAUUUUUACAAAAAAUCUACGUGAAGGAUACAGAACACUUGGAAAAAUAUGGCCUUUCAAAUGGCUAUAUGAACGUACCCGAUGGCCAAUUGUUCCUGUAUAUGGAGGGUUUCCAGUCAAAUUUUGUACAUACAUAGGAGAUCCCAUUCCUUAUGAUCCAAAUAUAACAGCUGAAGAGCUGGCUGAAAAGACAAAGGCUGCAAUGAGAGAACUCAGAGAUAUGCACCAGAAAGUACCAGGUAGCAUACUAAAAGCCCUUUUGGAAAGGUUUGGUAAACAUCCAGUUGAUUAAUAUCUUGAAAGGAAGGUUUCUUCUAGUUUUUUUCAUCUCUAGAAAAAGUCAACUCCGUGGUUUCUUUGCACUAAAAACAAAACUAUACAUAGCUAAUUUAGAAGCACUUAUACAACUAAACUCCUACUCAACCUUGUUCUAAAGAAUGGACAAAAAUGUGACUAGACUCACUCUGAGGGAGUAUCAUCAAAGCCGAAUAAUUUACUUUGAGCAUUAAGUAUGCUGUUCUGUUUUGUAUUAAUUAGCAGUCUUGUGUAUUUAUUACUCUCCUAUUCCGUAAUUAAGCCUUUAUUGCUUAUAUCAUCUUCCCUCUUUGAUGAUGAAACAUGAAAUGGUAGGGACUACAUCUUUCACUACCAAACAAGAUAUUCCAGCACACAGAUACUGUCUCACUCCAGGAAUUAAUGGAAAAACUCAGAAGGGAAGGAUGGUUGCCGUAUAGGGUGUAGAUGGAGAAACCUUGUUGAAUUAAUGUACUUGACUCAUUGAUACAGCCUGUUGAGAAUUCAUUUGACUUUGUGAAGCUGCAAUAUAGAGGAUGCAUAACACGUAUUUUGAGGUCUAAUACCCUAGAGUCAUCAGAUCCCAUCUAAUCUUAAACACUAAAGAGGAUCAGCCCUGGUUAAUCAAUGGAUGGGAGACUUCAAAUGAAUGCCAGGUGCUGGAGGCUAUAUUUCAGAGAAAAACAUUGGCAAAAACAGCCUAAGAAAACCCUGUGAAAAUCAUGAAAUCACCAUGAGUUGAUAGGUGAUUUGUGGACACAUACACAUAUAUAAGAUAUACCUUGGUUGUAUUUGUUCAUGCCUGGAUGCCCACUUCCAACAGUGGUGAUAGUUGAAUCUCUGCUCGGCACCAUGAUUUUUAUCUUUCAAGAUUCCUCAGGCCUCCUCCUCCUCAUUAUUUAUAUCCUGCUUUUCUCACUCAGAAAUAAAUAAAUAAAGUGACUUCCAGUAAAACUGAUACAAUACAAUUUUUUAAAUCUCCUAUACUAUUAAACACCAAAUGAAAUCACUGUAUGGUAUCAUCUAGGAAUUUAGAAUGCAAUUCUGCAAUAUGUACUAUAUUUCACUGUGUAAUAGUUGCACUUUUAAAUCCCUUCUUUUAGGGAAAAAGGGGAUGCGACUAUUACGUGGUGAAAAAAUGUCAAUCUAUGGCACCCCACUAGGGGCAGCCAAGCAAAACCCCAUAAAUGAAAGAGGGGGAGAGGGGGGAGGUACGUGGGCAAGUGAAGUUUCACUUGCCCGCACACCUACUCCUCCCUUCCAGCUAUGAGGCCUCACUUGCUCACCUGUGUGACUGCCCCCUCCCUUCCAGCCACGGAGCUUCACAAAGUGUCAGCUGAACAAAGCCCCAUAGCUGGAAGGAGGAGGGCACAUGGAUGAGGGAAUUAAUCUGGGUACUUUGGGACAAUGAAUCAAGGCUGCAACUGUCAAGGACAGAACGCCACAAGAUUCAAGAUAACAGAGUUUAUUGGAUUACAGAACUCAAAAAUGCCCGUAAAAUACAAGGGCCAGGCAGUAUUAGCCUUUAGGAGCAAAAAGGGACAAGGAAAAACGUUCAAAAGAUAAACCGGAUUAAACCGGAGUUUAAUCCGGGUAAAAACAAACUGCUUGCUUCAGCCUAGGGAUAAACAAAACAAAAGCCGAGGAACAAAAGAUACAAAAGAAUGCAACUAAUUGGCAGCAGAUUCCUCUCUGCUGCCAACACUGUGCUUAGAGUAACUUGCGUCGCUCCCACACACACAGCAGACAGGAUUUCCAACACGAACAGAUCAGCCAAGGAUUGUAGCAGUAGAGUAGACCCAGUUCCUUUCCGUAGAUCAAAGCCAGAAGCAGACGUUUGUAGUUUCCAAGUCCAAGAAGGGGGAAGUCAAGCCGUGGUCAGUUCAGUCCGAAUUUCAAAGCAGGAGAUGGCGUCCGUCAAGAAGACGACGGAAGGUCAAGCUAAUAAGAGUAAGCACAGGUUUGCACAAACAAAUGCCCACACAAUUCCUCCCGCCGUCUGACCCUGAAUUCCAAAACAACUUACGUAUCAGCACACGAAAACACACCAGUCUUCAGGAAAGCGUCCCACACAGAUCCCAAGCGUUCGUCCAGAUUACCUUGCCCAACGCAAUUUGCAAUUGCUCCCAAGCCCCAUUUUAUGCCAGUUACAAAUCCUCAUCACUGUCAGCUGUCCUCCUUAACCCGGGCGUUUCCUCAUCACUUUCCUCAUCAGAGCUGGAACACCUCUGACUACGCCCCACAGCAUCUCCAGCUGUGGAUCCCGUCCCAUCCCUCCAGCUUGACCAUGGGUCUAAUCCUGAAGGUCCCCAUUCAUCUUCUAUCCCAUCAUGGCCAGUGGCACCCAAUUCCUCCCUCACCCGAGUCCAAUCCAUCUCAUCCUCCUCCGAGCUAACCAGCCCCUCCUCCAUUCUCUCCGUAAACCCCUCAAAAGACUCUUCGUCAGAUGGUGCUGCAAAAAUGUCUCGCAGUCUUUUUCUUUCUCGCUCCUCGAGAGUAUCUGACUCUCGAGGAGUCUUACGCCCACGUCUGUCAGUAACAGAGCCAUGAGGCUCAAUCAUAACAGCAACAAUUAUACAGUGAAAGCAAAAAUACCCAAAAAAAGAUUUUUGGGGGGUGGGGGAAAAGGGGUUGUGACUAUUAUGCAGUGGAAACGAUUACAUGGUGAAAUAUUGUACUUUGUCAAAUGAGGCAUUGGAAGCAUUUAAAAUCUAGCUGUAUUAAGGGUUGGAUGAGGACCAGUAAAUAUCAAAAUUCAGACAAGAUAGAGGCAUUAUUAUUAUUAUCUACCCCUAUUAUCAACUUUUUAUAUUUAUUCCCCACCCCCACCCCCAGAUGGGAUUCAAGGUAGCUCACAAUAAUGCGAAAUAAAAGAAUAUGAAAGGAUCAUGUUUGUAGAUUGAAGAUGUUCAUUUUUUUCAUGUUUAUCAUUUAUAACUGUGACUCCAUUGUGAAUAUGCAAUGCCCAAAAAACAAUGUCUCCUGGUAUUUCACAGCUGAGGGCAUUAUAGCUGAAGGAUUGCUCUUUUCUACAUGAACCCUUCACCCCAUGCCCGAUGGACACAGCUUUUCUAGUAGUGAGUCUUUCCUAGAGAGGCUUGUUUGCUACCUAUUUUUAUACCUCUCAAGCACUUGACAAAUACUUUUUUUUAAAAGGCAUUUAAAAUUAUGUUAUGGUUUUAUAUGAUGUGGAUUUUAUUGUUUGGCCUCAGUUGUAAAUUGGUUUGUUAAUGCUAAGUUUCAUUUCCUCUGUUACCUAUUUUUAAGGUGAGCUAUUGUUUUAUUCUGUUGCUGUAUGUUAUUGUUAUUACUGUAAUUUAUUGCCUUUACUCCCUCUAAGCAAACAAGAGAAUUUUUGUUACAAGGGACUCUGUAAAUUAUAUGUAUGUAUAAACAAUUAAAGUCACUUUUUCAGGUAA